ACAACUCUACUCAUAACAUUUACAGAUUAUGCAAAAACCAGACGGGAAAAAGGGGCAUUCUAGAAGGAGUCCUCCUCAAGCAGGCACUGCGCUCCUCCAAAUCCCAAAAUUGCUUAAGCCCGUUAAUCCUAAACGUAGCACGAUGGCUCGAUCCAUGAGCGCAGCGGCAAGAUCAACACCUUCGACCUCCUCCUCCUCCUCCUCAUCCGUUAUAACGACGGUGACCGUAGAAAACACUCCAACUGCGACACACCCACCUGAAACCCUUGUUCUCCAACUGCGCCCCAGGAAGAAGAAGGUGACUUGGAAAGAGGGGACCGUGGAUAACGAGUUUAUGAACAAGAAGAGUUCCAAGAAAUGCUGCAUCUUCCACAAACAAAAACCCUUCGACGAAGACGACAGCGACGACGACGGUGAUCACCAUAAUCAUCGGUCUUGUGGUCAUGAUCGCAAGGAUGACUGUGGGCCCAGCACCAGCUCCGGCAACUGAUUGAUUAAUUCGGUGACUUUUUCCGAUUUACCUUCUGCCUUCGUGGGAUCAAUUUGAGAACUAGAUGUUGUCCUACAUAUGAAUUUGGAUCAUGUUUAUUUUUGCUGCUUCGAUUUACUUUCAUCAGUUUUUCCGCUGUUUGGGUACUUCUAAGUUCUAAUUUCAAUUGCAUUUGCUCAUAGCCUUUUGGUGUGUACUCAAUGGUCCAAUUGCCUAUGGUUUUAUGGGUAUGUUGUUUAUUAAUUAUGCCAGAAGGAGAAUGUUAUUUCCAUCUCUAUUACCUAUAUGUUCUUCAUCCUGAAAAUUCUUGAAUUUCAUUUGGUGACUCACCAACAUCAGGAAGUCAUAGCUGAAGCAACCAUCAAAGAUGGUUUUUUGUGCUUAUUUUCUCGUGGCAUUGUUUUUCUCCUCUCUUCUCAUGUGUUGUAUGAUAAAGCAAAGAGGAAGAUGCUACCCACUCUCUUCUCAUGGUGUAUUGUCUAGGUGAUGCUUAGAGUCUGCAUGUAGUGUAAGAGUCUAUGGAAUCAUAGAUGGGAUGGCAGGACAUGUGCAGGGGAUUUUGGGAAGACUUGAGUGGCUUUAAAAAUUCUCAAAUGACUUAUUUUUUCAGCACAAAAUCAAGGUCAUUGAUAAUUACUAGACAUUGGUUUCGGGCAUGACUCAGAGAAACAGUAAUAUGAAUGAGAGUCUCCCAGGUUCGUUGGCAGCUGACAAGCAGAAAAUGAGAAAUAAUCCAACAUUGAUUUGAAACCAAAUACACUUUAACAUUAGCAAGAAUUUUAUGUUGAAAGAUGGUAGAAUUGAUUCAGAACUUGAUGUUGCUGCAACUUCUGAUGGUCAUGCAGACGGUCCAUCUCGCUAUUCC